GAACGAAUGAAACGUGUCUCAUGUCAGGUAUCGGCUACUCCAUCUGCAUCAUUGCGUUGUACGUGUCCUUCUACUACAACACCAUCAUCGCCUGGGCACUCUUCUACUUCUACUCCUCCUUCUCCACCACCCUGCCCUGGACCAACUGCGACAACGCCUGGAACACCCCCGACUGCACCAACUACUUUGGCCGAGACAACGUCACAUGGACCAACUCCUCCAAAUCCCCCGCAGAGGAGUUUUACACGAGGAACGUUCUAGAGAUCCACCGGGCCGACGGACUGCGUGAUGUGGGCGGUGUUCGCUGGCAGCUCAUGCUCUGUCUCUUCCUCAUCUUCACUAUUGUGUACUUCAGCCUCUGGAAGGGCGUGAAAACGUCGGGGAAGGUGGUGUGGGUGACGGCCACGCUGCCCUACGUGGUGCUCCUGAUCCUGCUGGUCCGGGGGGCCACGCUGCCGGGGGCCUGGAGGGGCGUGGUGUUCUACCUGAAGCCCCAGUGGAGCAAGCUGCUGGAGACCAGCGUGUGGGUCGAUGCUGCAGCUCAGAUAUUCUUCUCCCUGGGUCCGGGGUUUGGAGUGCUCAUGGCCCUCUCCAGCUACAACCCUUUCACUAACAACUGCUAUCGUGACGCCAUAGUAACCAGCCUGGUGAACUGCCUGACCAGCCUGGUGUCAGGCUUUGUCAUAUUCACGGUGCUGGGCCACAUGGCUGAGAUGAGGAACAUGGAGGUGGCGGAUGUGGCCAGGGACAAGGGCCCCAGUCUACUGUUCAUCACCUACCCAGAGGCCAUCGCCAAUAUGAGGGGCUCCACCUUUUUCGCCAUCAUCUUUUUUGUGAUGAUGAUCACUUUAGGCCUCGACAGCACGUUUGGCGGGCUGGAAGCCAUCAUCACAGCUGUUCUGGACGAAUACCCCGACACGUUCGCUCACCGACGGGAACUCUUCGUUCUGUUACUAGUCAUUGUAUGCUUUCUGGGCUCGCUAAGCACACUCACACAUGGUGGAGCCUACGUGGUGAAGCUCCUGGAGGAAUUCGGAGUGGGCUCCUCAAUCAUUGCUGUUGGCUUCCUGGAAGCCAUUGCUGUCUCCUGGUUCUACGGUAUCAACCGCUUCAGCAACGACAUCAAGUCCAUGUUGGGCAGUCCUCCUGGAAUGUUCUGGAAGGUCUGCUGGGUGGUCAUCAGUCCAGCCUUUCUUGCGUAUAUAAUAGUGAGCUCCCUGGUAAGGCCCCAACCACUCACUCUGUUUGAGUACAAGUACCCAGACUGGAGCAUCAUGGUGGGCUACAUGGUGGGGCUCUCCUCCUUCAUGUGGAUUCCCAUCUACAUGGUCUACAAGCUGGUGUGGACCCCCGGCUCACUCAAACAGCGCCUGGCAGUAUGUCUGAGACCAGAGAGAACACUCGCUGAAAUCAACAGAGAUGCCCUCAACAUGGCAAACAUACCGUAGUCAGAGAACAUGGCCCUUUUUUUGUCUUUUUCAACUCAACACAGCCUCGGACAUGUGUAUUAUUUAGCUGAACACCCAUCAAAAGUCCCAAUCCUUAAUUGUAUUUUGGUCUACUGAGACACUCAGGAUGUAUGCAAUGCUCGACUGUUGUCUACAUUCUUGUCUACAGCUGGCGGUGGCUUGUAAAUAGCGGUUUGUAAUGUUGAUUGAUGCAGUGACACCGUUUAGCAGGUAGCUGUAUCCAAACCGUUUAGCAGGUAGCUGUAUCCAAACCGUUUAGCAGGUCGCUGUAUCCAAACCGUUUAGCAGGUUGCUGUAUCCAAACAGCUUAGCAGGCAGCUGUAUCCAUAGCUCUAGCAGAUAGCUGUAUCCAUAGCUCUAGCAGAUAGCUUUUUCAAUACCGUUUAGCAUGUAGCUGUAUCCAUAGCUCUAGCAGGUAGCUGCAUCCAUAGCUCUAGAAGAUAGCUUUAUCCAUACUGUUUAGCAUGUACCUGUAUCCAUAGCUCUAGCAGGUAGCUGUAUCCAUACCGUAUAGCAGGCAGCGGUUUCAAUACCAUAUAGCAGGUAGCUGUAUCCAUACUGUAUAGCAGGUGGCUGUUUCCAUACUGUUUGGCUGUAUCUAUAGCUCUAGCAGGUAGCUGUAUCCAUAGAUCUACUAUGUAGCUGUAUCCAUAGCUCUAGCAGGUAGCUAUAUCUAUACCGCUUAGCAGGUAGCUGUGGAUGUUCUGAAGCCCCUUCAUUAUCAGGAUCCAGCUAUGCAGUGUUCAUAGAGCCGACUAUUAAUAGGAAGUGUUUGGCUCAGAAAGUUAUGGGGUUUUAAUUGCAUGGGGACUGCAUCCUGAAGAGGUUACACCUGAGCUUAAAAAGUAUAAUCCUACUGCAUUAUGCUGUUGUGCUUUGACUGUGCUAUGUAGAAC